GAAAAAAGUACAUGGCGCUUGCUCGUCCUCGACCGCCCUCUAACGUCAAACGUUAAACAUUAUUUUGGCUGGGGUUUUGAAAUUCGACAGAGUAGGAGGAAAAUGAGUUUAUCAUUGAGAUCAGAUUUUGCUGUGGAAAAGCCAAGAAGGCGGAAGCGGAGGGAGUUAACAGAGGAACAAAAACAGGAAAUAAAAGAAGCAUUUGAUCUCUUUGACACAGACAAAGACAAAGCCAUUGAUUAUCAUGAACUAAAGGUUGCUAUGAAAGCCCUUGGAUUUGAGGUGAAGAAGGCUGAUGUCAAGAAAGUGAUAAAGGAUUAUGACAGAGAAGGUACAGAGAAGAUCUCUUUUGAGGAUUUCAAUGAAGUCAUCACAGAUUGGAUGUUGGAGAGAGACCCCCAUGAAGAAAUCUUGAAGGCUUUCAAGCUGUUUGAUGAUGACGACUCUGGUAAAAUCAGCGUUCGGAAUCUAAGACGGGUUGCUAGGGAGCUGGGGGAGAACAUGACAGAUGAUGAACUCAGAGCCAUGAUAGAUGAAUUUGAUCAUGAUGGUGAUGGAGAAAUCAACCAAGAUGAAUUUCUAGCCAUCAUGACAGGAGACACAUGAGUUUAUGUGGAUCAUAAACUCUUCAAGAUAACUCUGAUGUGAUAGAAGAUGACUACAUGUAAUCCUGAAAUAGAAAAUGGACUUUGGUAUGUGUAAGGACUAAGGAGUCUGCGUGAGGUUGAAGGACCAAGAUGUGACUUUCGUGACUUUAAAGCCAAAUGGGAAAUCGCCGAAGUCCAGUUUUUAACUCUUGUGCUAAAGCAUUUUGUGGGAAGUCUAGUAAUUGGGCAAAAUAAAUUGGGUAAUCUUGUUCAAGUCUAAGUUUCAAUACACAUGUACAUGUAUUCCAUUUAUAGAUGUUUCACAUUUGUAGAAUGCAAAAAUACAAAUUGUUAGUAUUCUUAAUAGAGGAUGAUUAUGUAAUGAAUGAGCAAUAUGAAACUAUCGACUGUGUUCAAUUAGGCCCUGACUAGCAUGACUACACACAACUAACAGAAGUAGUCAUUAGGCAAGUCAUGAGUGUGCCUAUUUUUUAAUGACGUGAGAUGAUGAAACAAACCUGUGGGUGCCAAAUGCGUUGGAUAGGAAACUAUAAGUGUGUGUGCCAUUGUAAGCUGUUUGAAUGCUAAAGAGUUGCUUACCGGUAAAUCAAAGUAAUUAUCCGAAUGCAGAAAUAGAAUGCGCUCUCGCCGUGUGAUAUGGUUUUCACCUUUGUUGAUGUUGAUCUGGAUCUAGGUUUUUUGAAAUUUGCUUUUCAUAAUUAACAUAAUCUUUAUUGGCAUUUUGGAUUUUGAUUUGAGAAAAACAGACACAGUAUACAGUUCAUUAAGAUCACAGAAGGCCUCAUAGCAAAAUUAAUUCAUUUUGUGGAGCUGAAAUAAAUGUGAAAUCUUUUGUUUAUUUUGACAUUGUUAUCUCAAAAUCUUUCAACUGUAGAAGUGAAAUUAUUUCAGUUUUGUCACCCACCCAGAUUCUCAGGAAUCCUCAAGAUAUUCCAUGUUUUUCAUUUGUAUUUUACCAUACAUUUUUUUUUUUACUAUAUAAGUUCAAUUAUUGUCUCUUAUCUCAGCAGCAAAACAUUUGAAUAAUAGUACACUGAUUGACACAUUGGACAGGAUUAGUUAUCAAUAGUAUUUUCAUCAGUAUGUGGGUUCUUGGAUCAAUAUUUUUUCCUGCACAGAAAAUAGCAGUCAAAGAUUUCAAGGAUAAGAGCUGAGCUAGUCACAUAUAGAAAAUUUUCAUAUCUUGAAGCCUUCUGAGAAGAAAAAAAAUUGUCUCUGUAGCAACUGUGCUGAUAACGCCAAGGUAAUAUAGGAUACCUAGAUACGGUAAUAGAUAUACAUGUACAGUGUUGUAUUUACUUUUUAGACACCCUGUGCAAUCCAUGGGCCUUUGAUGCAUAAUACUGU